AUGUGUGGUAGGUUAGGCUGCGUUAGUUAUUCGGAUUCGAUGAUGAUUGACCACGCCGUUCCCACGCCGUUCCCACGCCGUUCCCACGCCAUUCCCACGCCGUUCCCACGCCAUUGCACAGCCUAGAGACUGGGAGGUCCGUGCGAGCCGGCGUACGUGCCUGGCAUGCUAAAAUCGAACCCGACUGAACCUGGGUCCUGGCUUGCAUUCAGCACCAUAUCGCGCCUCAUUAUCAUCCCAAAAUCACUCCCGAAUCGAUCAUUGCAUUCAAGCACCGAGAAGCUCGUCUCACAAGGGAUACUUCAGCCUGCCGAUCCUACUUCAAAGCUGUGCGUCGUCCGUCGUCGGGCCAGGACCGACCCGAACGAACCGUUUCGAGUCGAUCGACCGCGUGAGGAGGCGCGUGUGUCCGAACAACCACGACUUGGUCUAUCUACUAUUACCGCCUCAUCGCCCUCCACCCAUUUGUCACCUCCAACCAUGCCACGUCUCUCCUCCUCGGACGAAGAGGACGCACCACCUCCUCCCAAAUCCAGCGCAUCCCCGACCACGCCCACGCCCACGCCCACGCCCACGCCCACGCCCACGCCCACCGGAGCAGCAACAGCAAGUCGAACACCGGCACGCACCUCGAUCCCUCGCCCAGCACCGGAUUCAACCUCGCCUCUUCUGGGCUCUCGAAGUUCGGUCCAUGGGCAGAGUGCGAUCAAGGCGCAGCGGCAGGGGGAGGCGAGUAUGUUUGGCUGUAUUGCCAAUCUGGCGAGUGAGUUCUGGGGAGCUUCGAUGCAUAGAGUGGCCAGAGCCUCAGACUGAGCCCCUGUUCUGGCAUCGUUCUUUUGCCACAGAUACAAUCAUUGGCACUGGAGCGUGAGUGGCCAUACAGAGCUCGGAGCUGACAGUUGCAGUUGCAGUUGCAGUUGGGCUGGCUGACCGUUGUUCCUUUUCAUACCGCAGACUCGCCAUGUCGGUCCAUUCUCGGAGAAACGGAAGAUCUUGCCCCCUGGCUCGGCAGAGACUGAUCCCCACUCUUCUACUGACCCCCAGGCCCCACGCAUUCGCUUCAGGAGGGAUGAUCCCAGGCGUCUUGACCGUCAUCUGGUGCGGUCUCUGCGCCGCAUUGGGUCUCUACUUCCUCUCGCGCUCCGCCGCCCAAGCACCCCAUCGAGCCGCUUCCUUUGCCGCCCUAUCCCGCCUCACCUUCCCCAAACUCGGGCGCGUCUUUGAUCUCGCCAUCUUUCUCAAGUGUUUUGGAGUGUCGAUAUCCUACUUGUCAGUCUGUGGCGCUCAAUGACUGGGUUGAAGUGCGCGCAGCUCAUCGUGCUCGUCUCCAUCCCCAACGUGCAGAAUCGUCAUCGGCGGUCUCAUGCCCCGCGUCGUCUACUCCUUUUGGUCCUCCUCCCCGGACUGGCUCCUCGACCGCCGUCUGUGGAUCCUACUCGCCAUGUCCAUGCUCUGCCCCCUCGCCUUCCUGCGCAAACUCGACAGCCUCAAGUUCACCUCUUACAUCGCCCUCUGCGCCGUCGCGAACCUCGUCUUUGUCGUCAUUUACAUGUCUUUUCACAGGCAUGAUUUGCCACCGAGGGGCACGGUCGAGGCCAUUCAUUUGGGUCCCAAGUUCGUACAGAGUUUGCCGGUGCAGAUCUUUGCUUUCACGUGCGCGCAGAAUCUGUUUGCGGUGUUCAACGAGUUGAAGACGGUCAGUUUCGGCGACUUCAGACGAGCGAAGGAGCUCGAGGACCUGACUCGAUCAGGAUCCCUGACCCACCCAGAACUCGCAACAUCGCCUCAACCUCGUGAUCGGCACCUCACUCGGUUCCGCCGCGAUCAUCUACGAGAUCCUCGGUAUCCUCGGCUACCUCUGUUUUGGUAACCUCGUCGGAUCCAACAUCAUCGAGAUGUACCCCCACUCUCUCCUCGUCUCGAUCUGUCAACUAGGUCUCGUCAUUCUCGUCCUCUUCUCUUACCCACUUCAACUCCAUCCCGCUCGAGCAUCAUUGGACAAGGUGCUCUACCCACCCACGGACGAGGACGUUCAAUCAGGGGGUGAUGAGGACCACGCGAGUCCCGAGAUCCCACUGGGGAGGUUCGUCUUGGAAAGUAGUGGAAUCCUCCUCACAACGUUCUGCAUCUCCAUGUUCGUGUCAUCUUUGGAGGUCGUUUUGGGUUUCGUAGGCGCGACGGGGAGUACAACGAUUAGUUUCAUCUUGCCGGCCAUUUUCUGUGAGUUUCGCAAAAGUCGAGAGGGUGUCAAAAGACAAAAGGGAAGGGAACUGACUCUUUAAUUUUACUAUCGUGUCCAGUCCUCUCCCUCUUUAAAACCUCCCCAACGCGCCAAGACCGACUCCUCCGAAUCGCCGCGUGGUGCCUACUCGUUUGGGGCGUGCUCGUCAUGGUCGUUUGUCUUACGCUCAACGCUUGUAAGUAACCUUUUUUCCCUCUCAUACCUCGUUUCCCAUCGAAGGAGUUUUACUGAACCCAGUUUUCCUCGUUUCGUUGGAAUAGAUCAUCUCACCCAAACACCUCCCAAAGAAAAUGGAACGGGUCAUGAUAGUUUGGCCAUUUUGGGAACGUUGGGCAGUAUUGCCGCCCGAUGGGUUUGA